CGAGUUUCUCCGAUUUGUGGCGUGCGCCUUGAUGUUGUCACACAAAGCCGAGGGUCCUACAGUGUUACGCCGACCCCGAACGAUGAUUGUAUUUUUAUGAAAAGCUGCUUUUCAUGACAGAAAUACACUCGGAGGUUUGCCAUUACCUCUAACUUAAUACUACUUAAUAUUGCAACUUUGUACGUAAUAUCGUACGUUAACCCGAAAUAACCCACGAUUACCAUAUGGUAAUGCAAAAUAUGCCGUUACUUUAACACGAAUAAAUCCAAAACGACAUAACAAAACUACAAGAGAAAAACGUUAUCUAAUGCAAAAUAUUUGUUGCUUACCAAAAAAUAAAGUUUCUGUUAUUCUGAGUUCAAUUAGCGAAGCUAACGCAUGUCAAAUUGAGGUGACAAAAAAAAAGUUAAUAAUUCCCGUUUUCCGAUAUGGCACGUCGUGGUUUAUCGUUGCAACAAAUGCUUGAUUACAUUCAAGAGCUCGAUGAAGCAGAAGACCAAAAUCAACUAACAGAUAUACCAACUGCCAUUUACAUCGAACCUCCUGUAGAUGGAAACAUAUCGGGCGAAGAUGACGCUGAAGACGAAUGUGGGGGCAUCCCAGAUAAUGUUUGCCCGGCUCAGCUAAAAGGCGGCUGUGAAGUUGUAAUGACUAGUGGACGACAUUUACAAAAUUUUGAUGAAGAAGAUGAAAUUGGAGGCAUGUUUGAAAACAAUAUUAGUUUACCAAUCAUUUUAAUUUUUUAAGUCCUGAAUUCUUCAGCUCCAAAUA